CUCCGUUAGAGCUGAGGACACAGACGCUUCCCCGCUGUCAUUCAGGGGUUAAAAAGUUAACUAGAGAGUUGUACCAGUCAUGGAAACUAAUUUAGGAAUCGUCGCCGAGACAAGUCAUCCGUAGCAGUCACCGAAACAACUCGAGGAAGUGGGAAGAGUUUUUUUUAUCCCCACGGAGACUUUACCAACUGUGGCUAGGCAAGCUAGUCCAGCUAAAGCUAACGUUAGCACGGAUAGUACCUUAUACUUUUGGGACUUAAAAUUCAACAUUGUUAAAGCUUCGGAGUGUCUUACACUUGGAUACUGGUGGAAUAAAGCACUCAUUUGUUUGUUGUGAACGCAACAGGUUGCUUUCGUCCGUUUCGCCAGGAGGACUUGGGGUUAUGCUUUGAAUUUCCCUCCUUCAGUGAUACAGACAGGCGGCUUAGCGAGGGGUUCGUUCGGUAUAGCUGGCGUUCCACCAAAUCAAUAGCAACGUUGUGCUAAUUGUGGCUAGUUAGCCGGGGGACUAGCGUAGGCCAAGAGAAUCAACAGUUGGCUUUUUCGGAAGUUAAGAAACAUCGUCGGAGGAAACACUUGCUUUGUUUUUUACGUUUGAGUGCGGGGAGAUAACCGCCACACGGCUUUAUUUUGACACCUAAUUCAAGGAGACGGAUUAAUCUAUAAACAUGGAUCCCCACACGGAGAAUUCUGCCUCAGCUGCUGGUCCCAAGAAGGACAAGAAAUCAAAGAAGAACUAUGAGGAUGGAGAUGGGAAGAAGAAAUUUAAACUCAAACGGCUGAUUCCUGACGAGUUGGAGCGUUUCACCAGCAUGAGGAUGAAAAAGGACAAGGAGAAGCCCGGCCAUAUGCCGGGUCAGCGACACUCUUCAGCUGCCAACUAUGAGCUGAACGCUCAGAGUGCUAUGCUGCAUGAUCAUUCUGAUGAAUACGUCCUGGAACUCUUUGAACAGAUGCUGGUGGAUAUGAACCUGAACGAGGAGAAGCAGCAGCCUCUUAGGCAAAAAGACAUUAUGAUCAAACGAGAGAUGGUCUCCCAGUACCUCCACACAUCUAAAGCAGGCCAAAACCAGAAGGAGAGCACCAAAUCAGCAAUGGUGUACAUCCAGGAGUUAAAGUUAGACCACCGCGAUACACAGCUGCUGAACUGUCUGGAAUCUCUACGAGUCUCACUCAAUAACAACCCUGUCAGUUGGGUGCAGAACUUUGGCGAUGAGGGGUUGGCACUGUUGCUGAAUCUGCUUAGAAGACUACAGGAGGACAAAGACGAGUACCCAAUGAUUGGAGUGAAAUGUCAACAUGAGAUCAUUCGCUGUCUAAAAGCCUUUAUGAACAACAAGUAUGGCUUGAAAUCCAUGCUGGAGUCAGAUGAGGGAAUUCCUCUGCUGGUCAGAGCCAUCAACCCUAGGGUGCCUCAUAUGAUGGUGGAUGCUGUCAGGCUGCUGUCUGCCAUCUCAAUUUUGGAACAUCCUGAGAACCUUCAUGAGCGUGUUUUGGAGGCCAUUACAGAGGAGGCAGAGAAACGGGACAUUGAGAGGUUUCAGCCUCUUCUUGCUGGCAUGAACAAUCACAACAUUGCUCUUAAGGGUGGCUGCAUGCAGCUGAUCAAUGCCUUGAUCAGCCGUGGAGAAGAGUUGGACUUCAGGAUCCAUAUUCGCUCUGAACUACUAAGAUUGGGGCUCAGAGAACAGCUGACGGAGGUGCGGAUGAUAGAAAACGAAGAGCUGAGGGUGCAGCUGACAGUGUUUGAUGAACAGGCUGAGGAUGACUCUGAGGACCUCAAAGCACGACUUGAUGACAUCCGCAUUGAAAUGGAUGAUGUGAGGGAAGUGUUUGACAUCCUAGUCAACACUGUGAAGGACUCCAAGGCUGAGAGCCACUUCCUGUCCCUGAUGCAGCAUCUGCUGCUUAUCCGAAAUGACUAUUUGGCUAGGCCUCAGUACUACAAGGUGAUAGACGAGUGUAUCGCUCAGAUCGUGCUUCACAGGAAUGGAGCGGACCCAGACUUCAAGUGCCGUAACCUCAGCCUCAACAUUGAAGGCUUGAUAGACAACAUGGUGGACCAGACCAAGGUGGAAACUAGCGAGGCCAAGGCAAAUGAGCUGGAGAAGAAGCUGGAUGCAGAGUUGACAGCACGCCACGAGUUGCAGGUGGAGCUGAAGAAACUGGAAGGUGACUAUGAGCAUAAGCUGCAGGACCUGAGCCAAGAGAAGGAACGUCUGGCCUCAUCAAAGCUGGAGCAAGAGAAGGAGAACAAGGGACUACAACAACAACUAAGCACUCUGCAACAGCAGAUUGAAAAGCUGUCUAAAGAUCUGGAAGAAGCCAAGACUAAGGUUGUCACAGUUACUGUUCCUGUGCCAACACCCGGCUUGUCCCCUCCACCACCUGCUCCUCCCAUCCCUGGCCAAAAUGCAGGUAUGCCGCCUCCACCUCCACCUCCACCUCCACCCCCACCCCCACCAGGCCAUGCAAGCAUGGGUGUUCCCCCAGCCCCUCCUCCUUUACCAGGUCAUGCUGGUAUUCCCCCUCCCCCUCCACCACCUCCUUUACCAGGUAUGCCAGGUCCUCCACCCCCUCCACCCCUACCUGGCAUGCCAGGACCACCACCUCCUCCACCCUUACCUGGGAUGGGACCUCCACCACCACCACCACUGCCUGGUUUUCCUGGCAUCCCUCCUCCACCGCCAGGUCCGGGCAUACCUCCACCCCCACCAUUUGGCAUGGGGGGCUGGGGUGCCCCUGCCCCGCCUUCACUACCUUAUGGGCUCCAGCCUAAGAAAGAAUACAAGCCUGAGGUCCAGCUGAAGAGAGCCAACUGGAGAAAGCUUGGACCUGAGGACCUCUCUGAGAACAGUUUCUGGACCAAGGCAAACGAGAAGCAAUUUGAAAACAAUGAGCUCUUUGCCAAACUCACCUUGGCCUUCUCUUCGCAGACAAAGACCACUAAAGCCAAAAAGGAGCAGGAUGGCGGAGACGACAAGAAGCAGAUGCAGAAGAAGAAGGUGAAGGAGCUGAAGGUCAUUGACCCCAAGAUUUCACAGAACCUUUCCAUUUUCCUGGGAUCGUUCCGUCUCCCUUAUGAAGAGAUCAAGAAUGCCGUCAUGGAGGUUAAUGAGAAGAUCGUCACAGAGUCCAUGAUUCAGAAUCUAAUCAAACAGCUGCCAUCAGAUGACCAUCUGCGUCAGCUGGGUGAGAUGAAGGAUGAAUAUGAUGACCUGGCUGAGUCUGAACAGUUUGGAGUGGUGAUGUCCAGCGUGAAGCAACUGACGCAACGGCUUGAGGCUAUCCUGUUUAAGCUGCAGUUUGAGGAGCAGCUGAACAACAUCAAGCCAGAUGUGGUGUCUGUGACAGCAGCCUGCGAGGAACUCAUGAAAAGCCAGACCUUCUCCAAGCUGCUGCAGAUCAUCCUCCUUGUUGGGAAUUACAUGAAUUCUGGCUCCCGCAAUGGGAAGGCGUUCGGCUUCUCCAUAUCAUACCUGUGCAAGCUGCGUGACACCAAAUCAGCUGAUCUGAAGCAGACACUGCUCCAUUUCCUCGCUGAUGUGUGCCAGGAGCAGUAUCCUGAUGUCAUGAGCUUUGCAGAUGAGCUGAUCCAUGUGGAAAAGGCCAGCAGAGUGUCGUCAGAGACACUUCAGAAGAAUCUUGAGCUGAUGGGCCGUGAGAUCAAUCGCCUGGAAAAAGGUCUGGAAACCUUCCCUCCUCCACAAAAUGACAAGGAUCUGUUUGUGGAGAAGAUGUCCAGUUUUGUGGGUAGUGCCCGUGAGCAGUACGAGAAGCUGGAUCUGCUGCAUAAGAAUAUGGAGAAGCAAUAUAACGACUUGGGAGACUUCUUUGUCUUUGACCCCAAAAAAAUGUCCAUUGAGGAAUUCUUUGGUGACCUCAACACCUUUAAAAACAUGUUCCAGCAAGCAGUGAAGGAGAAUCAGAAGAGGAAGGAAGCUGAAGAGAAGAUCAAGAAGGCCAAGCUAGCCAGGGAAAAGGCAGAGAAGGAGAAGGAGGAGAAACUCAAGAGGAACCAGCUCCUUGACAUCAAUGCAGAGGGUGAUGAAACUGGUAUCAUGGAUGGCCUGUUGGAGGCGCUGCAGUCUGGCGCUGCUUUCAGGAGAAAGAGAGGACCACGGCAAGCAGCCAACCACCGACGAGCUGGUCAUGCAGUGACCAACAUCCUGGCCAAAGAGCUGAUGCAGGAAGGCACGUCUUCAUCCAGCCAUGGGGCCACUAAGAAGAAUAAAUCAGAAGAGAAGGAGGAGCCUGUGGUAGAGGGGGCAGAGUCAUUAGAGGAGUUACUGGACGCUGCUCCCUCACGUUCCAAUUAGGCCAGGAAGUUUUAUUGCUCACAGAGUCAGAGAUAUCCAAACGCAGAUGUAUUUUGUAGCCAUUUCAGGGGCCAAUAUCCAUCUGAGAUUAGUUUACUGAAAAAAAGGCUUUCCCCUUGACCUUUGUCUUAACAGGACCAUGUUUUAGGCUAGCAUUGAAUGUGUCUUCUGCGAGGACCGGGAGAAGCAGAGGGUGAGGGUGGGGUUCUCACCUCAACCACAAAACCCCCAGAUGCCCUUCAUCAACAUGUGGAUCUUUGCCAAUGUCAUGAAGAUUUAAUUUCUCUCUUUAGCAUGUGCACAUAUCUGUUCACGGAUUUUUGUCUGGUUAUGUUUCUCUUUGUUUCUGCAUCACUUGAUUUUCACCUGUCAUCCAUAAAAGGGCAUUUUGAGCAAUUCCAAAGACUUACUCAGGAGGGAUCCACGCUUUUUGCUGUUAUUUUCAGAUCCCAAAUUUAGACUGGGAGUGUCUGGAAUUUGGCACAUCCUUGUUCAGAGUUUUCUGUGGAUGUUCCAGGCCAAGACCACUUUGCGCUUUCUCACAUUGUUUUUUUUUUUUUUUCUUAACCUAUGAAACAUAUUGCUUUGUAAUUGUCUGAUAUACUGUAUGUUACUGUUUGUAAAUGUUAAUCUUUUUUGCUCUAUUAUUGAAAAAAGUGCCAACCCAUAGAAAUCCAGUCUUGUCAUUUCACUCCCAGGAUUUGUCCAGUCACAGUUUGCACUGGGCUGGUGUGUGGACCCAGUCCAACAACAGUAAUCACUAGGGUUUGGUUUUUUUUUUUUUUUUUUUUUUGGAGAAGGGAUAUAUUUCACUGGUGUGCAUGCAUUAGUUUGAUUUCGCAUAAAAAGGAUGGAUAAUUUACAUAAACUUGUCUAAGCUAUGUUACCAAACGUGCCCACAACAGUUAUAUGAAGAAAACCUGCUUACGUCCAUGAACAUGAACAUUCCCAGAAACCCCAGAGGGAAGUAGAGUUAGUCUGGAGGAGAAAGUCCUUCCACUCUCAGUUAAACCAAAAAGGGUGUUUCCAUACAAAACCCAGCCUGAGCAGCUUACAUGCCUGUGUGUUUAAGUGUACUCGACUUCCUGAGUGUGUAUGUGUGUGUGUUUGUGCAUGUGUGUGUGUUUUCAUCUGUAAUUACUGUACGGUACUGACCAUGUUGUCAUAAAUGCUAGGUUUCAUAAACAGCUUUGUGGUCUUUCUGCUGAGGAUAUAGCACACUGGAAAACUGCCCAAAAACUGCUGAGACAAGUACGUGUGUGUGUGUUCAGUUGUCUGUAUGUGUAUUUGUGUGUUUGUGUUGCUCACCCACUUUCCCUCUCACUGAACUGCAACAGUAGUUGAUGAAUGUCUGGCUUUGCUCUUUUUUUUGUAUUCAGUAGCCAUCAGCAUACAUGUUGCCAUGAUGUUGUGGGGUUAUAUCUGACAGGAAUCCUGUGAGGUGAUGUCAGCUGCUUCAUGCAAUAUUUAUUCCUAUGCAAACACAAUACUGUAGCCAGCCUCAGGAUGUAAAAACUACUAGGUGGACUUCAGCAGUCUUUAUUAAAUUGCUGAUUGAAGAUCAUUGCUCGGUAUUUGGUAUACAGUCUUUACAGCGCCUACAUUUAAGCAUAUCAGAAAUCAAAAAACGCUUUCUUUUGUUUUUCUCCCCAACAACACCAGUGUUUAUAAAUGACAUCUUCCAUAAGAAUUUGACUGUCUUUGGACAUGUAGGAAGUGGCACUUGAACUAUUAAAGAAAUGAGGUUCAUCAAGUACAGUAGGUGUAGACAUCCUCGUUCUGAUUGAGUGCUCCAUUUUGAUCCAGUAUCACUGAGAGUAACUGGUUUUGAUGACUGCACCGCCUGCUCUCAAGCACAAAACAUGUCGUAGCUGCAGUUAAACCGGACGCUGUUUUACGUCUGUGACAUUGUGCCUGUCUCUUCAGGUGGACAGUUCCAGGUGGUUGUGUGUGCCAGAUGCUGAGAAGUGGCAGUUUUCACCAUCAAUGAGAGAAUGAUUAACGAUGAAAAGAACAUCAGAGCAGCACUGGAGUAUUUGUUGGUUUCUAAUUUGAGUAAUUCCAUUUGUUCAUUAAUUUUUUUAAGAGAUUAUUUUCUAUGUGAAUUUUUACAGUUGAUUAUUUUAAUGUAUUUGAAUGGAGACAAGUUUUUUUUUUUGUUUUUUUGCUCUAUGUAUACAGAAUAAUGCACAUAGUCAUUCUGUUUGCUACACAGAACUAUUAAAAAUGUCUUAAGUA